UGCAGUCAAUACACACUAUCAUAUAUUUGCAGUCGAUUUUCGCGCUGACCUGUUGAAUUGUUUAGCUGCACUAACGCACAAUGGCUGAUGCCGAAGCGGCUACUGUUGCCGAUGAAGUGGAGGCGGCUGAGGAUGCCGCCGAAUUGGCCGAGCUCGAGGCGCAGCUCUACGGUGGCGACGAAGGCGGCAGCGAGGACUUGGGCAGUGGUGCUGGCGGGCAGGAGGGUGGCGAUGUCGCCGCCGCUGGUCCUCCAAUGACCAAGAGCCAGAUGAAGAAGAAGGCUCGGCUGGAGCGCAUGCUGGCAAAGCGGCAGGAGAACCGGCAGCGCGAGAAGGCCGCCAAGGCCGCCAAGAAGGCUGAGGCCAAGGAGCGCAAGGCGGCGGAGCUUGCCACCAUGACGGACGAGCAGAAGAAGGCCAUGCGCGAGGAGAAGCAGGCCAAGCUUAAUGCGCACAAGGAGGCAGAGAAGGCGCUGAAGGAGCGGCUGAAGGCGUCUCUGGAGAGCGGGCCCAAGGUGGUGAUCGACCUGGACUGGGAGGACAAGAUGACGGAGAACGACAUCCGCCACCUGGUGCAGCAGCUCAGCUUCAGCUACUCAGCCAACAAGCAGGUGGAGAAGCCGGUACACAUGAUGCUGACCAGCUUCAAGGGAGCGGUGGCAAACACAGCCAACAAGAUGAUCUCUGGCCUGGAGAACUGGUCCGUCACGCGAACGCCGCAGCACUACAGCGAGCUGCUGGGCGGCAGCGAGGAGGCGCGCGGGCAGCUGGUGUACCUGACCGCCGACUCCAGCACCGAGCUGGAGGAGCUGGACCCAGCCAAGACCUACAUCAUCGGCGGCAUCGUGGACCACAACAGGUACAAGGGCCUAUGCGAGGGCUCGGCGCGCGCCGCCGGCAUUGCCACCGCGCGGCUACCCAUCUCCAAGCACGUCCAGCUGGCCAGCCGCGCCGUGCUGACCGUCAACCACGUGUUCCAGAUUUUGGUGGAGUGGUACGCGCGGCGAGACUGGGCAACGGUGCUGGACUCGGUGCUGCCCAUGCGCAAGCGGGCCGAGUACUCGCAUCAGGCCAAGGACGAGCAGCAGCGCAAGGACAAGGCAGGCGACAAGGGGGCGGGGCGAGGGGCGCACAACACGGACAAGGGCGGCGCGGCUGACGGCGAGCAGCCAGCGGUCAAGGCGGAGGUGGAGGCGGAGGCUGGCGUGGCGGGUACCGGCAACGCGGCAGGCGGGAGCAGUGGAGCGGAGGCUGCCGCCGGCGCAGAGGGCGCUGCAGCGGAGAGGGUGGAGGCAGGAGAGGGUGGCAAACGAGAGGAGGAUGCUCGCGGCACAAAGCGUAAGGCGGAAGGCCAGCCUGCAGUAAUAGACGGGUAAUGGUGGAUGCAAUUGUUUUCUGAAGUAGUCAGCAAAGCGUUAGCGGGGCAGGGCGGCGGCGGGCAGAAGUGCAAGACGGGACGGGGCGGCGCAGACCGGGACACGGUGGCGGGUCGGUGACGAUGGUUGGGUGACAGCUGCUAUUCAUUGGUACCUUGGGCGGCAUUGUUGAGCGCUCUGUACGUAAGUUCAAAGGCCGGAGUGUCAGCGUUUAAAGUCACUUUCUCUAUUGCAUGCCACAUCUGAUGCCACAUGCCCAGUCGCCGAAGCAAGGUCUUUGUUAGGUAGUGGUGGCGUAUGAUUUGAGUGCAUGUUAUGCCUAUAGCAGAAGUUUCAUUUGCGUUUUGGGGCUGAGCCAUGGAAGGGGAGUCCUGCAUGGAUCCGCCACCAUCAAGUUUAGCCUAGUUCACGUCUUCACAAGCACACACAGGAAAGGUCACAGAUACUUAUGUGCGCAGCUCUGUAAGCUCGGCUGCAC